GAAGAAGAAGAAGAAGAAAAAAUGAAGCCCUCUCUUUCCCUAGUCUUUCUUGUAUUUGUGAUUCAUUUGGGUUUGGUAUCAGCCCGUGGAAGGUUGGCCGUGUCACCAGCAGAGUCAUUGGCAAUCUCUUAUUACCAAAAGAGCUGCCCAAAUGCAGAGGCCAUUAUCUAUAGGAAAGUGAAUCAAUGGAUUACCACUGAUCCCACCAUUGGACCUGCUAUCAUGAGGCUGCACUUCCAUGAUUGUUCUGUUAGGGGGUGUGAUGCUUCCAUUCUACUAAACCAUACAAAGAGUGAAAGGUAUUCAGAAAAUAGCAAGACACUGAGAGGGUUUCAAGUGAUUGAUGAUAUCAAAGCAGAACUUGAGAAGGCUUGUCCCAAGACAGUUUCUUGUGCAGAUAUCCUUACAGCUGCUACUAGGGAUGCCACUGUUAGGCUUGGAGGUCCAUUCUGGGAGGUUCCCAUGGGAAGGAAGGAUGGGUUGGUGUCCUUAGCCGUGGAAGCCCAUCAGGUUCCAAUGGGCCGUGAAAGUGUCACUAAACUCGUAGAAUUUUACCAAGCUCGUGGGUUGAACAUUGUUGAUUUGGUUGUUCUCUCAGGAGCACACACUAUUGGAAGGAGCACCUGUGGUUCGCUGCAGUUCCGGCUAUAUAACUUCAGCGGAACCGGCAAGCCUGAUCCAUCCAUUGACUGGAAAUAUCUCAACUACUUGAGAAGAAAAUGCAGAUGGUCAUCAGAAUUUGUUGAACUUGAUGCUACAACCCCAACGGUUUUCGAUACAGCAUACUACACAAAUCUUCAGGAGAAGAAGGGAUUGCUAUUGACAGAUCAAGAGCUCGUCAGUGAUGCAAGGACUGAGCCUCUUGUUACCACAUUGGCUUCUCAACCUUAUGUCUUCAAUUCUCAGUUUGCAGUGUCCAUGGUGAACCUUGGAAAUAUCCAAGUCCUUACAGGCAAAAAUGAAGGUGAAAUCAGACAGAACUGCAAUUUAGUCAAUCCUCGCCGUCGUGUGGUCAAAUCUGAUCAUCACUAA